UUCCCCCCCUCAGUAGGUCGGAUCGCCUCGGCUCCAUGGUGAGGAGAAAGAAGAGCCCCCCUGGCCCUGAAGACCCACACAAUGGGAUGACAGUGAAGCUGGGCGACAGCAGCACCACCACCACCACCAGCACCACCACAGAGGAAGGGUUGAGAAAACUGGGCAAGCGAGCGGGCGAAGAGGAGCCCCUCGAAGAAGAAGGGACGGGCGAAGGGGGAGCAGAGGCAGCACCCAGCAGCAGCACAAAGAAAGACCAGGCGAUCGUUCAGAGCAGCGACACGAAUGGGGGGCCCUCCUCGGCCAGCCCGGCUUUGCCCCCGGCCCCAUCCUCCAGCCAGCCUGCCCACAGCCACGACCAGCAUCAUUUCCUCAGGUCCAGUGUCAGACCUCAGAGCAAGAGGUUAAGGAAGGAUUCUCAGGCAUCCUGUGCUGUCGGAGGAGGAGGAGGCGGCAGCAGCAACAACACUACUACUACUGCUGCGAAAGGGAAAGGUGCAGAUAAUGGCGGGGCCUCAUCCGGCAACGCAUCAGGAAUCCCUCCCAGCACCCCAGCUGGUAGUUCGAAAGCUACUGCAAGAAACCUGGGCUCCUCAGCUGGAGAAAAGGAAGAAGGCAAGAAGGUCAGGCGCCAGUGGGAAUCUUGGAGCACGGAGGACAAGAAUACCUUCUUUGAGGGCCUCUAUGAGCAUGGGAAAGACUUUGAAGCGAUUCAGAACAAUAUUGCCCUGAAGUAUAAGAAGAAAAGCAAGCCAGCGAGCAUGGUGAAAAAUAAGGAGCAGGUCCGGCAUUUCUACUAUCGCACCUGGCACAAGAUCUCCAAGUACAUUGACUUCGAUAAUGUAUUUUCUCAAGGGCUGAAAAAAUCCUCCCUGGAGCUCUACGGCUUAAUUUGUUAUGGGGAGCUAAGGAAGAAGAUUGGGGGCUGUAUGGUUGACAAAAAUGCAGCUAAACUCAAUGAACUUAUCCAGGUUGGGGCUACAACAGUCCGCCACAAAGGGAGGAAUCUUCGCAUCAAAGCUCCGAUGUGCAGGGCUCUGAAAAAACUCUGUGAUCCAGACGGCAUUAGCGAUGAGGAGGAUCAGAAGCCGGUGCGUCUUCCGCUAAAGGUCCCUGUGGAGCUGCAGCCACGGAACAAUCAUGCGUGGGCCCGUGUGCAGAGCCUGGCCCAAAAUCCACGUCUCAGAAUGAUCGUGGAGCUGCAUCGUAAGGUAUCCAGCCUCAUUGAGUUCCUGAAACAGAAGUGGGCUCUCCAUGAAGUGCGCAUUCGUAAAACACUAGCAGAAAGGCAGCUACAAGAUGCCAGGAAUUCCGAAGCAAGUGGCAGCUAUUCCGAAGAGAAAGUGAUGCUCCAUCUCUUUCCGGGAGAGAACUGUACGCUGACGCCUCUCCCUGGAGUUGCCAGGGUUGUCCACUCCAAAGCUUUCUGUACAGUGCAUUGGCAGGAAUCUGGCAGAUGCAAGCAGAAUGCAAAGGACUCUCAUUUGCUACCACCUGCCCAAAUCCUGGGCAUACAGAGCGGCCAGGGGACAGCCAGAGGGCAGGUGAAAUACCCACGGGGAACUGAAGUCCGGGGCGGGACCCGGGCAGAGAGUACUACAGAAGCAAGCAGGAACACUCAGUCCACCCUUGAUGCAGCUGCAAACACUGAAGACGGCUCCCCAGAGGCUGGGCUGAUGGAAGGCGCGUCCCCAAGUCUCGGUGUUGUGCACGGUCUCGAUAAACAGCCUUCCGGGCUUCAGGACCCGGGUGGGAGUCUGGAGAAGCCAGUUCCCACAACCCAUUAUGCCGAGGGGAGGGAGGCACUGGCUGGGUCAUCCCCCGGCAGCACAAACUGUGACUGCGGCAGCAUCCCCCCCGAUUUGGAGGAGCUCUCUUUGCUUGACCCGUUUCCUCGGUACAUGAAGUCCUGCCAGGACCUCAUUGUCCCCGAGAAGUGUCUUUGCACGGACAGACUGAACGGGAAAGCUUUCGCCUUGCCGGGGAGCUCCCCUCCUGGGAAGCUUUUGCCUAGCAGCGCAGAGGCCGGCUGCCUCAGUCCCACACGGCUGGCAAGAGGCGGGGCGGCAUUGGCCAGCUGCGGCCCGUCCAGAUGCGAAACUCAGGCCCUCCACUGCUGCGGACCGCCGGUGGAAUUGUGCACAAAGGAGCUCUCUGACACCGCCACGGAGGAUGCUCAGGAGAAGCUCAACACCUCACUGCCGCCACCUCAGGGACAAUUGGUCGCAAAGUCUCUCAAGGAUGACCCGAGCCGCCUUGCGCAGCAGGUCAGAGAGGAGGGAUGGAGCCUGCGGACCUCUGAGAGCCUUACCUUGGCUGAAGUCUACCUCAUGAUGGGCAAGCCGAACAAGUUGCAGCUGGAGUACGACUGGCUGGCUAUCUUGGGGCCGGAAAUCCAGGAUGCCAGAGAGCAGAUGCCCAACCCGAAAUCUGUCCCUCCGUCCGCCGCCUGUCACAAGCAGAAUCUCCUCAACUGCCUCUUAAAACUCAUCUCCACUGAAGUGAACCCCAAACCAACCCCUGAAAUGAACUCCGUUGCAACAUCCCCUAUAAAGCCCACUCAAGAGGAGCAUGCCCUGACCCCUCCUGGGAAGGUGAUUGCCAUCAGCACCAGGAGUCCAGGCUGUGCACGCAAUCAGCCUGCCCUUCACAAGAAGACCUUUUCCCCCAGUGCCACUUCCAGCUCCUCAGGUUUGAGAAACCCCUCUCGACCCCUCUUGGUGGCUGGUCCUUCAAGUUCCGGAAGUGCUGAUGCAGACGGCGGCCUCUUUGCCGUUCCCACAACUCUCCCACCCAACAGCAGGCACGGGAAGCUUUUCUUGCAAAGCAAAGAAACGGAGCUAUCCUUCCGGCAGCGCUUGGACACAAUCAGUAUGCAAUCCGAUUUCUUCUUGCCAAAGCCAAGGAAACUGCGUAGCAGACACCUGCGGAAGCCACUGGUAGUACAGAGAACACUGCUACCUAGGCCAUCUGGAAACUCCUCCCAACAUGUCUGUUCCUUCUCCAUCUUAUCCAACUCUUCUGUCACAGGAAGAGGAUCUUUUCGGCCAAUCCAGUCAUCGCUUACUAAGGCUGCUGUGACCCGCCCCAUCGUUCCCAAGAUCCUUCCAGCUCAAGCUACUAACCAUCUAUCUAGUGCUAUCGAUUUGGCAGCCAAAAGUGCUGGUAUUAUCCCUGGCAGUCCUCUGCCUGUUCUGGCUACCGAAGGUUUGUCAGGUGUUUCCCCGUUGUCGCCGGAUGCAGUGGCCACCGGACAAGACUCAACGUUGGCACAUCAGAACACAGGCUCCAUAGCUUCUGUGGCAGGUUCGAGCAGCGAAUGUCGGGUUCCGUUCCUUGGACUACCAUCACAUCCUGGGGAGGAGGCAAUCCCUGAUGGGUUCCAGGGAACACCAGUCCUUUCUCUACCGGAACUGCCCAAAACCUCUCUCCAGAAUGGUCUCUCCACACCUCCACUUCCCACAUCUGAGGCUUCCAGUACCCACCUGUCUCCUCCUAAUGUCUCUGCUCUACUGGACAUCUCUCUUCCUGGACCCCCUGAAGAUGUUUUGUCUCAAGGAGAGCCCGCCACGCAGAUCAGUGACUCUAUCAUUGAAAUAGCUAUCAGCUCUGGUCAAUACGGUGAAAACGUUUCUCUAUCUCCAGCCAAGCUGAAUGUCAGCGACAACUCCAAAAGUCUUCCAUCCCCCUCCUGCAGCCCUCAGCAGAACUGGAUCGCCUCUCCCAGCCAUGAUCCACAGUGGUACCCCAAUGAUUCCACAGACUCUUCCCUCAGCAGCUUGUUUUCAAGCUUCCUUUCACCAGAGAAGGGCCGGAAAAUGUUGCCAACCUCCAUUAGUAACACGAGCAGCACCUCCUUAUUGGGACCGAGUCUGCUGGAUGGAAACUCGCGGGACUCCUUUGUGUCUCGGUCUCUGGCAGAUGUAGCUGAGGUGGUAGAUUCCCAGCUGGCUUGCAUGAUGAAUGAGAACAGCAUCGAUUACAUAUCUCGUUUCAAUGACCUCGCCCAGGAGCUGUCAAUACCUGAGCCAACACGCCGAGAGAUCCUUUUUGAUGGAGGAGGUGGUGGGCCUCCCAUUGGUGACCUCUCUCAGUAAGUGCGUUCAACCAGCUGGCUGGUGGAAACCAUUGAACUGGCCGUAACCUGGAGAGGAGUGACGUCAUAGCUAUGCAGCUGAUACCUUUGUUGUCCUGGCUAGAGCAUGCCUCAUAAGAAGAUCAGUGUUUGUCUUCAACAGUCUACAGUUCCUGGAAUGUGCAAUAGGCUAGGAACAAUACAACUGGGAGCAGUAUUAUAGGAAUUGACAUAUGUAAGCUGGUGGCAAGCAGAGUUUACAAGACAGCCCUGGAUUUAUGCUCUGGAAUAGUCUGGGCCAGAAAUCCCACAAGCUAAGUUUUUAUAUAGUAAACCAAAAUCCUUGUUGUGGUAUCCACAUUUAAGCAGGAAGCCAGGUUGGGGGCGCGGGGAGGUGGUGGGCGUGGUUUUAAUGACUUUUAAAGACUUUUAAAUUUUUAUUUCCAUAUACUCCUCUCUCAAUCUGUUGCAAUUGGCAUUGUUGACAAAUUAGUCGAAUUGAUAUUCUUUGCACUUUCAAGCAGCCAUUAAUUCCACUAUGCUUUUACCAGAAUUCUUUUUCCCUUGCUCAAGUUCAUUAACAUUCCAGUCCAGCAUGAAAAACCCUGUGUCUGUUCCCACUUUACAAAAACUGUGGUAGGAUCUGAAGGUCCCUUAAAACAAAACAAAUCUCAAUCUCCUUCUUUCUCAGCUGGUAUUCUUUUGACUAAAUCUGGACAACUUUUCUCCUUGUCUUGUAUAUUCCAUUUUUUUGAUUAAGGGAUAGAACCCUUGUCAAAGGGUCUCUUAACUACACUCCUUUAUUAAACAUUUUCCUUUUUGUGGAGUUCUCCGGAAAUUUGGGCAUAUUUUCUCCUUUCUUUUCAAGUGCACGCUUCAUUGUCUUAUUGAAGAGUCCUCCUAGAAUAAAAGCUAUUACAGUACUCUUUCCUGCAGCAGUAGAGUUAUGAUGCUUUAAUCAUGUCCUGCGAAUCGAGGGAAGUGGGGUUAGAAUCUCUGCUUUAUCCACUUCUCCUUGCAGUUCUGACACGAGGGCACUAGCCUUCAGUCAACUAAAACGCUCAAUUUUUGCAGCUCUGCUUUCCCGUUUCUCUUUCCUUCUGUAACUGAAAAGAGUCUCUGAGCACCCAACCUCUCUCCUGUAAAGGGGGUUCCCGUAUGGAGAUCCAAAUUGUUCUUCAACAGCUUCUGCAAGCAAACCUAUGUAAACCCAAUUCAUUUACAAAACGCCAUUUAUUUAUGGCUAAGAUGAAUCCAUCCACCAACAGUAGUAGCAACUUUGCUUUGGAAACAUGCUGUGUUUUCUGGUGAUACUCCCUCUCUCUUUGUAGUUCUUCUUCAAUUAUUUGCUUUGAAAUGUUACUUUGGAAAUUUACCCACAUACAUUGGAUGUGUCUACCAGAAUGGCCAUUUUGUGUCAAAGGGACCAAAAAUGCUGCCAGUCACUAGUGACUCGUCUACUCCAGGAUCAGCCCCUGUCCAUUUUAGGCUUUUCCUGGUGCCCCCCAUCUUCAGAGGCAAUCAAGCAGUCUUUUAGUAUCUCUGUGAGCUCUGCAUUCCGCUUUGUUGCAGAACUAGGAAGCCUCUCUUAGCUUUAAAUACAAAUUACUUUUUUAGUUGUGAUCUUCUCUUGAAUGGCGGAGCCAUCUGCCUGUUACUGGAACAGGAAGCUAUCCACAAAGUAAGCGUCCAGGAUGGGUAAAUCAAAGCAGGAAAAGCUGAGAAUCAUGUACACCUCUGUAGGAUUGUCGUUUUAGCAUGGCUCUCCUCUGACAUUGUUGUUUCUUCUUUGAAAAUAAUCCCCUUUUCAAGAAUUCUGCCAUAAUUACUAGGGAAACACACUGCCUUAUUUUUCAGUCCCUGAUGCUGUGUAUUAUGAUAGUGGUCCAGCAGCUCUGAAGCCCCUGAGAACAGAGAAGUCCCAGCAUGCAACACGGCAUCCUUAGGCACAUGAGAAGUGUUUUCACAAUAAAAGAAAAUCGGAAACCUUUGUUGAGUAGCAGUGGUGGCUUUGGAAGUGCAUUUAGUCACGUGGUCUAGAUACCGCAGUGCCAGAGCAUAUUUAUUCUAUUUGUCUGCAGGUUUUUGCCUGAAUAUUUCAUUAAGAGCCCACUUUCUGAUCACUGUCCUUCACACAUUUGCUGUUCUGUCCUCUGGAAGGCUUUUAUUCAACAACACAUUGAACAAGCAAGAUGAUGCAUGUGGAUUGUUCAAGUUUUGUGACACUAGUGUGAUUUGCAAUUUUGUUACACAUCUGUUUAUUUUUCAACUUGAAGCCCUCACUUUUAAUGCUCCAAUUGGUUAUUUUACCUGUUUGCCAUGCUCCCGUUUCUGGAAGGGUGGAUUUUGCAAUAUGCUUGAGAAGCCCUUCGUUCUCUCUAUGUGUGGUUUAUUUGCCAGCAUUGCAGCUUAAUAGGAUCUGCUAUUCGGGUCUCUGUCCCUCAUGUGCUAACAAAUUACCAUUCUGCCACCAGCUUCCUCAGUCCUUGAGAAGAUAGGAUGUGGCAAGAACUAUUUUUAUCAGUGAUGAGGUCAGCAAAUUUUAAUAUCCUUUGUUGCAGAAUUGGAGCAUCAAGAGAAGUAGGCAGAAGUUAGCAAGGAACCACUUUUUCAUUACUAAAUAAUUAUUGUGAAACCUAUAUACCAGCUCCAGCUUGUUAGAAAUUAGUUUUUGCACGCAAGUUUGAACUUCCUGCAAGCUCUCCCUAAUCAACUCCUUUGCCAUUAAUUUUUGUAAAAAUUUUACAAUGACUGACAAAUACAUCCAAUUUAAAUCUAAUUGUCAAUAGCUAGAGAGUAGUGCAUUUAACCUUUCCCCCUUCUCAAACUUCUUCCACAUUUCUUCACAUAGUUGUCCACAGAGAUUAAUACACUUGAUAUUUGGCCCUUGACUUGCAUAUAUUGCAUUUAAAGUACAUGAACAAUGAAGACUGUGCACUUGAAACUAAAAACCAAUAAUAAUGCUGACUUCAGUCAAUUAUCUAUUACUAACACUCCUCUGUGAAACAGUAAGAGUAUAUCCUCUUUGGAGACUGCUAGUAUUGAAUCUACCUAAGCGUCCAAAUGUUUAAGACACAAAAUUGAUUGUAGAGCUGCCAAGGGAAAAUUCUGACUUUCUCUGAGUGCAGGAGUCAAUUUUGAAUUGUAUGGUUUCAACCCCCUUUGAACCAACAACAAGCAGUUUUGAGCAACUUUUAAGUAACCUGCAGGCAUGGUUGCUUCUAAACUGAAUUGUCGUCCUGCCUUACUUCACAUUUGCCUGAGGCAUUGAGAAAAAGCUCUUCUGUGGUUAGCUGGUUUCCAUUCAUGUAUUUGGUACCUGAAAAGCUUUAUGCCUCAAUGUUCUUUUGAUAUCACUUGGUUGAUAGAUAAGCAUGUUAUAAACUGGUCUACUUGAAAGCAUGUAUGCAGUGAUGACGAAGGGUUUCUUAUAGACCCAUAGGACUGGGCACUGGGAAUCAGACAGCUGUGUUCCUAGCCAGAUGUAGGGUUUCAAGAACAAUGCCUGCUAGAGAACAGGGCUCUUCGUACUACCCAACAGCCCACCUGAACAGGGGUUGCAUAUGUAAUUUGGUGCAGCAGCUCAUCGUGAGUUAAAUAACCCAUGACGAGCCAUGGCAUGUCGUCCAAACCCAGUAAUCAUAUCAGCCAUCUUUUGAGUGCCUGUAUUGGAUAGUGAUAACAUCAUUUUGCUUGCAUUUUGUUUGACCAAUCAACUUACUCUUCAACAUUUUAUGUUUUUUAUAACUGGGAUAGAAUCCAUCAGGAAUUUUAUUCAUUUGGUGGCCUCUAAAAUGAAUUUUGAAAGAGCAAAUUCUCUGUGAAUUGUGUCCAACUCAACUUUUUUUAGUUGUUCUAAGCUGGCAUUAUGUAACCUCUUUUUGAUUAUCACUCUUUCCUCUUUUAUGCUUUCCAGCCAGCUUAAACAACUUGCAUCAAAUCAUACCUACCAAGAUGUUUUGUCUACUAAUUUGACAGAUGCUUUAUGGGGUAUUAGUGUUGCAUUUGGGGUUUGGGGUUUUUAAACACAUGUAUACAUACACAUGUCAGAUGCGUUUGUAAGGAAAAUACUGCACUUUUAAGUUACCAAUCCCUUAAAAAAAGACACCUCUCCUCCUGACUUCUUGGUGAAUUGUCAAUGCUAAAUAAGUGAAAAUGUUUGCAAGCACUACAGCAGUGAGUUAUCAUUAGUUGCCAAAAUGUGAUAACUGGCUUUAGAGCUUGUGGAUUUGGCAGCAGACUUCGUUGCUGUUUCUUUUAAUAAUAGUUAAGCCAUAUCAUCUAAAGGGUUUUUGUCUUGUUUUGAGAUGUGAAUUUGUUUUAUAGAUAAUAAAUAUACAGAUAUAGUGUAUGUAUAAAGCAAGAAUGCCUGUCCUUAACUGAUUAUUUUUUGUACCAUAUUGUAAAUUAUAUUAUUUAUUCUUUACCAAUUUUUGGAAAAACAAAAGGUGUUUGGGUUAUUUAAUAUAAUAUACAAAAGCUGUUAACUUCCUCUGUUUUCAAUUUCCAGUUCAACUUGUAAAGUUGUUUUUAUGAUUGUGCAUAAAUACAUACUAAUCCUUGGUCUAA